AUGGAGGCGAAAACCAGCGGAUCUAAGCAAAAUCAGCCACUAACACCGGCAAUAUCAACGCGGCGGCCGAGAGUUAGAGAAGUUAGUUCCAGAUUCAUGUCUCCGGUUACUUCUUCUUCUUCUUCAUCUUCUUCUUCCUCCGCCGGCGAUCUCCACUUUUUUACCACUUCGAGUUCUCCUAAACACCACCAGUUACACCAACGCUCUGUUUCUGCUCAAAGGCAUAGACGUCAGUUAAAAUUGUCGGACGGAGGCGAGAACCGCUCAUCAGAGACGGCGGCGCGUAGCUUAGACUCGCCUUUUACACUCUCUCUUACCGGAAAAGCAUCGAAACAAAGCCAACUGAAACCGCUCAAGGAGAAUUCUCACCGCCUCGAAACGCCUACGCUGCCGAUCCUUCCUCCGCCGUCUAGGUCACGCCUUAGCCAACACAGAUUUCUAACCGCUUCCGCUGCGACGAUGCUUCUCCAAUCAAGCGGCAUAUCUAAUGAGAGAGAUGGAGUCAUCAACGGUCAGGAUAAAUCUAAAUUCAACGGCUCUGAUCAGUUUCCAACGCUUUCUUGUAGAACAAUUCAUCCUAGAGUCUUCAACAGUUGUGUAACUUCUUCUCUUAACCGAACUGUGAGCUCACCGUUGUCGAGCUGUACCGGUCGUGAGAGCAGUUCGUUUUCGCGGAUAGGGUUGCCAGCAUUGCCUCCCGCGGCACCAAAUUCAAAGGCUCCAGCGGAUUCGAAAAAUCAGAGGAAGGCUUCAGAGCAGUUGGAAGAUGUGCAUUCUCUGAAACUACUCCACAAUCGUUACCUCCAAUGGAGAUUUGCCAACGCCAAUGCUCAAAUGAAGACUCAUGCUCAAAAAGCUCAAACUGAGAGCAUGCCCUAUUCCUUUGGUUCGAAGAUAUCAGAAUUACAUGAUUCUGUGCAAAGGAAACGAAUAGAGCUACAACGUUUAUUGAGAAUUAAAGCUCUUGUUGCGAUUAGAGAAUCUCAAGUAAGCUUAUUAGAGAUAGAUAUACCUUUAGCUAGCUUUCACAAUAUUUGA